AUGUUCAUCCUCUUCUUUAUUUGUGCUCUCUUCUACUCAUUCAGACCACGUAUCACCAAAGUAAGAAAUGGAAUGUUCGACGACAACCAGCUUUCUUGUGUUAAGAAUUGUAUGGAAGGCACCCGAGGCAGAAUGACCGUAGAAAAAAGAUUUAGAUGUGGCCAAUAUUGCAAAACUAGAUUAGGAUUACCUAGUGAAUCAGAGAAUGAUGAUACAAACGCGAUUUAG